AUGUCAUCUUCAGCAUUCUCCUUCGGCUUCGGCGGCGAUGACAUAGAGGACGACUCUGUCCCGGUCGCCGAGCCUCCCGUGCCCGUGCCCGUCCCGGAGUCCGAGACCCCGCAGUCCGCUGCUGCCAGCGCCUUCCCGGUCCCCGGUAAACCCCAGCUGCCACCUACCAGCCAUGCGUUGCAGGAGAUGCUCGCAAAACUGCCUUCCAAGGUCGCCUUCGGUACGCUAGACGUUACUCUUGACGACGGCAGCGUCAUCAAGAUUCCUCGUCGAGAACUGUGGGACGUGCGAGUGCAGCUCAUGGCCGAGGAUGAGGUCGCCAGUGGGGGUACCGAAGCCGAGGGGCUUGGCAGCCACGACGUCAAGACGGGCGUCUACGAGGGCGGCUUCAAGAGCUGGGAGAGCAGCGUCGAUCUUGUCAAGGUCCUCGCCAGCGGCCGAUAUUUGGACUUGCUGAAGCAGCGGCCUCUCCGAGUGAUCGAGCUUGGAUGCGGCACGGCACUCCCUUCUCUGGCUCUUCUGCAGUGGGCUAUGAGGGAUUCGGCCCCGAGGUCGCCGCUUCUGCUCACCCUUGCCGAUUACAACCCGACGGUUCUGCAGUUGGUCACGCUGCCUAACUUCAUCCUCGCCUGGGCUCUCGAACACAGAGACCAGAGCCCUGCUCUGCAAGAAGCAUUUGCGCUAGAGGACGAGCUCGAACUCACGCCCGAAGUGGUGCAGCAGUUCCAGGACUUCCUAACGUCUUCUCAAAUUUCUCUACACUUCCUUUCUGGUGGUUGGUCGGUCGAGUUGGUCGAUCUCUUGUACGAGACUCAGUCCAAGUUGGACAAGUCGGGCAGUUUUGAUACCCUGCUCAUAGGCGCCGAGACGAUAUACUCGCCAUUCGCGCUGGAGGCUUUCAAUGAAAUGGUUUUCGCCAUUCUAAGCAAAGAGCAGAGAGAGCGCGGCAACUGCCAGUCGCAGGCGCUGGUCGGGGCAAAGAAGCUCUACUUUGGAGUCGGCGGUUCACUCGAUGAUUUCGUCGACAAGGCCAGAGGAAAGGGCGCAACAGUGGACCAGGUCAGAGAGGAAGCCGAAGGCGUCCGGCGAGGAGUCGUCCGCUGUACACUCAGUGCAUCCCGUUCAUAG